AUGAUCGUUCUGGCGGGCGCGUUACUUUUGGGCAGCCUGGCUCUGGCUGCGCCUUCUUCUAAGCCGCAUCGUUGCCCGAGUCUUGACUCUGUGGGAACUCUUCAGGUGUUGCAUUACAAUAACCUGGGCCCGCAAAACAAUGGCAGCUCGGCAGUUCUAGUGCACGAUCGAUUGAGCUAUGCAGAAGCUACGGCCCGCUGCGCAACCAUCGGCGAGAAGCUGCAUCCCUGGUUCUCUAAGCCUUCGCUCAACCAACACCACCUGGGUUAUGAGCUGGAUUAUCUUGCCUUUGCUCACGAAUUCCCUGAAGGUCAACAGCUUUGGGUGUCCCAUCCCGGCUCCGGCAAAGAGUGCUAUGCGCUUUCAUGCUCCCACAAGGGCCUUGUUCGUGUCUCCUGCAACACGAAGCUCCCGGCUCUCUGCACGUCUAGUCCACCUCCAACAAAGGACAUAGCCCGUACGGUUAUGGAAUCGACAAAAAUUACUGUCGCAUCUCAUGACUACACAGUGACCGGAUACCGCGAUGCACGAUCAUUCCGGUUCUUGGGAAUCCCAUUCGCAAACCCUCCACUGGGUGAGCUGCGGUUUGCUCCACCGCAAGCCUACUCUGGCCCCAAGAAUAUCGACGCAACCAAGCUGGGAGCCUCGUGCAUUCAGUCAAACUCCAGCUAUGGGACUCUUGAUAACGGCCCCAUCUCUGAAGAUUGCCUAUUUUUGAACGUGUACACACCCGUUCUGCCAACCCAGAGAGGUGAGCGCACUGACGGUCGCCCUGUGGCUGUCUAUUUCUAUGGCGGAUCUUUCCUUGAGGGCACCUCGUCCAUGGUCGACUAUGACGGUGGUAACUUUGCCAGCCGCAGCGACGUUGUGAUUGUAACUCUCAACUAUCGUGUCGGCGCACUGGGCUUCUUGGCAACUGGCAAGCUCACCACUGGUAGCUACGGCAUUCGGGACCAGAUCAUGGCGUUGAAGUGGGUGCAAGAGCACAUCGCUGCCUUUGGCGGAGAUCCAUCCCGUGUGACUAUCUUCGGACAGUCUGCUGGCGGACAGAGCGUGGUCGCUCUGUUGUCUUCUAGCGCAGCUAAGGGUCUCUUCUCAGGAGCGCUUGUCCAGUCGGCGCCGCUCGAUCUUCCGUGGUUCCCCCGUGCCUUCUACUCGCAGUACAUUGCCCCGACUGUAGGCGAAGCAGUCGGUUGUGACAGCGACAGUUCCGAGGCAGAGCUUCUGAAGUGCCUUCGAGCAGUACCAGCUGAUAUGUAUCUGGACAACUCCACCACUUUUGGGGAUGCCGAGUCCACCAUCGCGUCUGAUCUUGCCAGCCACUACUAUCAUAAUACCAAAUUGCUCUCCUCGCAAGAGCCCUUCAUGCCCAUGCUCGAUGAUUGCAACUACGGUGUUGUUGAUGAUCAGUUCUACCGCCUGCUCACGGAGGGCAAACUGCCUAACCAUGUCCCGACAAUGUUCACGACAGUACACGACGAAGCAGGGCUUUAUGUAGAUUCCGAACUCCCUGAGCUCGGAGACACGCAGGCUGCGCUUGAUACGGUGUUUGAGAUUGCCUAUGGGGCUGACCUCGGCUCAAAAAUGUCCCUUUCCGGUGCUUUCCAGGCCAACUGGUCCGAUCCCGAUGGCGUACGCAAUGCCGCCGCCGUCGCAGUGACCUACUCUGAAUGGGAAUGCGCCCAGGGUUGGCUCCUCAAUCAUGCCGGUGAUGCAUUCCCGUCGCUGUAUGAAGUGGAAAUCAACCAAGGACACAUCCAGACAAAUGUUGACGUUCCUGCCAUCUGCUCUCCGAACAGCGCCUACAAUGCCACCUGUCAUUCGUCUGAUGUCCUCCUUGCAUGGGGAACACUCAACUCGAAGACAUUGAACGUGGCGCCGUAUUACGAUGACCUGGAUAUCCGCCACUCCCAACUCUUGCACGAUGUCUGGGGUGCCUGGUUCCGUACCCACAAUCCUAACCCGAAUCUUGAAUUCCUCAAGGUUCGGGGGCCUGCAUACGCCACCACUUAUACUAUCUUUGCUGGUGGCGAGAAGGACGACGGACACGGUUAUGAAAUCCAGCCGUACAGUGCUUCGAAUCGCAACCUCACAUUCCUUGGAAUGCCACCUUCACAUGCUACUGUCAACUUUGCAGACACGGAUAAGUGUGCAGUCUUUCAGGACUAUGGGUUCACUUUCCAGCGCGCUAAGAUGACAUAG